AUGCCGCCGAUCCCAUCGAUCUUCGCUCUCCAUGCUUUCCGCGCCAUCACACGCCACGCCCUCUCCAAACCACUCUCAUCCUCCCCCAUCCUCCACAAAGCCAGUGCCCCAUCAUCACGACUCUUUAGCACAACUCCCACGCGUAGCGCGACUCUCAACCAAGUUCGCACGAACCGUCGACGACCCAAGAAAGCCCGUCACGCAGUCUCCCCGGCUCUCGCGGCUCAACAACGACCUGAAAUGAAAGGCGUGUGUCUCAAAGUGGGCGUCACAAAACCUAAGAAACCGAACUCCGGACAGCGCAAGACGGCCAAAGUACGACUGUCAAACGGCAAGGUCAUAUCCGCGUAUAUCCCCGGCGAGGGGCACAAUGUGCAGCAGCACAGUGUAGUGUUGGUCAGAGGCGGUAGAAGUCAGGAUUGUCCCGGUGUGCGGUAUCAUCUUGUUAGAGGAGCUUUUGAUUUGGGUGGUGUACCUAGUCGAGCGACGAGUCGGUCGAAGUACGGCACGAAGAAGCCUAAGACUGCUCGGGUUUAG